GCGGCUCCGCAGCGGGACCCGCCGGGGUCGCUCCCCGUGCUGGGCUGCCCGCCCCGGCUGCUGAGGCGAGCGGGGACCGUGAGCGUCCGCCCGCCGGCGGCUCUCGUCACCCGGAGACGGUGUGCCCUAAUCGUGCUUCCAUCAGCCCGGCGGGGGCGUAUAAAGGGAGCGGGCGCGGCGAGGCGGCAGAGCGCGGCUGCCCCCCGCCCGCCGCAGGCCCCAUGCAGCCCGCCAUGAUGAUGUUCUCCAGCAAGUACUGGGCCCGCCGGGGCUUCUCGCUGGACUCGGCCCUGCCGGAGGAGCGCCCCGCCGCCGGCAGCCUCACCCUAAACAGAUCGAGUUCUGGGAAAAAUGAGGAGAAGAAAGGGAAUAAGGGAAAUGGGAAAAGUGAAUCUGCUUCUGAAGGUGGAAAGACAGCUGUGGUGUUUUCCUUGAAGAAUGAAGUUGGUGGAUUGGUGAAAGCUCUCAGACUCUUCCAGGAAAAACAUGUGAGUAUGGUUCAUAUUGAAUCACGAAAAUCAAAGAGAAGGAAUUCAGAGGUGGAAAUUUUUGUGGACUGUGACUGCAGUAAGAAAGAAUUUAAUGAACUAAUCCAGUUGCUCAAGUUUCAAACUAAUAUAGUGUCUCUCAAUCCACCAGAAAACAUCUGGACUGAUGAAGAAGAUCUUGAUUGUGUCCCUUGGUUCCCCAGGAAGAUCUCUGAGUUAGACAAAUGCUCUCAGAGAGUUUUGAUGUAUGGAUCUGAACUGGAUGCUGAUCACCCUGGAUUUAAAGACAAUGUCUAUCGACAGAGAAGAAAGUACUUUGUGGAUGUUGCCAUGAGCUAUAAAUAUGGUCAACCCAUUCCCAGAGUGGAGUAUACAGCUGAAGAAGUUAAAACUUGGGGGGUGGUAUUUAGGGAACUCAGUAAACUGUAUCCCACCCAUGCUUGUCGUGAAUAUUUAAAAAACUUCCCUCUGCUGAGCAAGUACUGUGGAUACAGAGAAGAUAAUGUGCCUCAGUUGGAAGAUGUUUCUAUUUUUCUUAAAGAAAGGUCUGGCUUCACAGUGAGACCAGUUGCUGGAUACCUGUCUCCCCGGGACUUUUUAGCUGGCUUGGCAUACAGAGUCUUUCACUGCACUCAGUACAUACGGCACGGCUCAGACCCCCUCUACACACCUGAACCGGAUACAUGCCAUGAACUCUUGGGACAUGUGCCUCUACUUGCUGAUCCCAAAUUUGCACAGUUUUCACAAGAGAUAGGACUUGCUUCACUGGGAGCAUCUGAUGAAGAUGUUCAGAAAUUAGCCACUUGUUAUUUCUUUACAAUUGAAUUUGGCCUUUGCAAGCAAGAAGGACAGCUGCGUGCUUAUGGGGCAGGACUUCUGUCUUCUAUUGGAGAGUUAAAGCAUGCUCUCUCUGACAAGGCCAAUGUGAAAACAUUUGAUCCAAAGACAACCUGUUUGCAAGAAUGCCUUAUCACUACUUUCCAGGAAGUUUACUUUGUUUCAGAGAGUUUUGAAGAGGCCAAAGAAAAGAUGAGGGACUUCGCCAAAUCAAUCAAUCGUCCCUUCUCUGUGUAUUUCAAUCCAUACACACAAAGCAUUGAGAUUCUGAAGGAUACCAGGAGUAUAGAAAAUGUUGUUCAGGACCUCCGCAGCGAUCUGAAUACUGUAUGUGAUGCUUUAAGUAAAAUGAACAGAUAUUUAGGGAUUUGAUAUGUUCGGCACUGUGAUUUUCUGUCAGUUGCUCUUUCUGUAGCCAGUUACAUCACAUGAGAUGGCUAAUUUAUCAGAGCCAUGAGUUUCCCCUUUAAAGCUUGGCCUGUGGCUUGCAUCAUUGUGUAGCUCUGUCUAACUGUAAUGUGCAGACAAACCAAGGCAAUACUAAUUUGUAAAUGAAAUAUGGAAUGUGGCAGAAUAUAAUAAUCAAUUCUUCAACACAAUGUCAUGUACGAGUAUACCAUUAAAAACUUUCCUGGCAACAGUUUGGUUUCCAUAAAAUGAUUCACUUCAGUGCUUAAGAAAUGGUGUUGCUGAUUUC